AUGGACACAGACACCAGCCUCAACCAUGCAAACAGCUCGUUACAGCAUCCAGACAUUGAGUUGUUCUCGUCUGAAGAAGACAGCAGUCUCUACUUCACCUACAGUGGAGGUUGCAAUGAGCUAGAGGUCAACAACCUGCAUUAUGAGGUUGACACAGCGGCUCAGAUCCCCUGGUAUGAGAGGUUAUCAGAGUUCAAGUUGCCGUGGGAGAUAAACGGAAACAAGCAGAUAGCCAUCAACAGCCUCAGCCUCCGAGUCCACAGUGGGCAGAUGCUGGCCGUCAUUGGCAGCUCAGGUUGUGGUAAAACAUCUUUGCUGGACAUAAUAACAUGCCGUGACGAGGGCGGUAAAAUGACGUCCGGUCAGGUUCUGAUUAACGGGAAGCCAAACACGCCCCAGCUGGUGAAGAAGAGCAUCGCUCAUGUCCGCCAAGAUGACCGCCUUCUUCCUCACCUCACCGUCCGUGAAACCCUCGUCUUUGUUGCCAAACUGAGACUCCCCACCCACUUCACACAGGCUCAGAGGGAGCAGAGGGUGGAUGAUGUCAUCGCAGAGCUGCGGCUGCGACAGUGUGCUCACACCAGAGUGGGAAACAACUAUGUGAGGGGUGUUUCUGGAGGAGAGAGGAGGAGAGUCAGUAUAGCUGUCCAACUUCUUUGGAACCCCGGCAUUUUGAUCCUGGACGAGCCCACGUCAGGUUUGGACAGCUUUACAGCCCACAAUCUGGUGAUCACACUAUCUCGCCUGGCCAGGGGAAACCGUCUGGUCCUACUGUCGGUCCACCAGCCUCGGUCAGAUAUCUUUCAGCUCUUUGACCUCGUUGUCCUGCUGUCGUCAGGUUCAGCUGUUUACUGUGGCGCUGCUCGUGACAUGGUGCCUUACUUCACUGCUCUGGGAUACCCCUGCCCACGAUACUGCAACCCCUCUGACUUCUAUGUUGACCUGAUCAGUAUAGACCGGCGUAGUCCAGAGCGAGAGGCCGAGUGUUUGGAGCGGUCCAGAGUUCUGGCUGAGCAGUUAAUGGAAAAGGUCCGAGACACAGGCGAUCACAUGUGGAAAUCAGCUGGGACACACACAGCACUGACACAAACUGAAAGCCCUCAGCAGCUGAGCAAAGUAAUCACCAUUUCCAAUCAAAGUAACAGACUGCCUGGCCGACUACACCAGUUUACGACCCUCAUCAGGCGUCACAUGUAUAAUGACUUCAGAGACCUGGUCACCUUAUUGGUCCACGGCUUCGAGGCCCUCCUCAUGUCACUGCUGGUCGGUUUUCUCUACUAUGGGGCAGGAGAAGAGCGUCUGUCCAUUCAGGACACAGUGGCCCUCCUCUACAUGAUCGGAGCUCUCACCCCAUUUGCUGUGGUGCUGGACGUCAUAGCUAAAUGUCACACAGAGAGAGCCAUGCUCUACCACGAGCUGGAGGACGGCAUGUACUCUGUCACCUCCUACUUCUUUGCCAAGGUCCUGGGAGAGUUACCAGAGCACUGCGUGUUCACGCUGGUGUACGGCUUGCCCAUCUAUUGGCUGGCCGGUCUUAACGAGGCUCCGGAUCGUUUCCUGCUAAACCUCCUGCUGGUGUGGCUGAUGGUUUACUGCAGCCGAGCCAUGGCUCUGUUUGUAGCAGCUGCGUUGCCCACCCUGCAGACCUCAGCAUUCAUGGGCAACGCCUUGUUCACUGUCUUCUACUUGACCGGAGGUUUUGUCAUCAGCCUGGAGAAUAUGUGGCUUGUGGCCUCGUGGCUCUCCCACGCCUCCUUCAUGCGUUGGGGUUUUGAGGGCAUGCUGCAGGUACAGUUCAGAGGCAACAAGUACCCCGUCACCAUUAGAAACAUCACCAUCCAGGUUGACGGCAUACACGUGGUGGAGGCCAUGAACAUGAACCAGUACCCUCUGUACUCGUGCUAUCUGGUCCUGCUGGCAGUCUGUCUGGUCUUCAUGGCGCUCUAUUACGUGUCCCUAAAAUUCAUCAAACAGAAGUCCAGUCAGGACUGGUGAACACAUCUGGACCAGGUUUUCAACUUUAGGAAGUGUUUUUUUUGCAGCAGCAGUGGAAAGAAAGUAAAGUGGGUUCUAGUUUGACUGGUUUGUCACUGAGCCAUGCUUUCCAUUCUUAUUAGGAUGUUUGACAGUAAAAAAAAGUGCUUAAUUUAGGGGAGAAAAAUACAACUUAUGUUUUGAAUUUACCUUUUUACAAUAAUCUCAAAAUCAGAAACUCCUGCACUCCACACUUUAAUGGUAGAAAUGUGAAAUAACCCUUCUCCUAAAGUCACCCUUCUUGAUGUUUGAAAUAAUUCGUAAAAGUGCAGCAAUUUCUCUCAUCUGUGACUAGUCAAUACAUCUCAACAUAUACCUAACAGUUUAAAGAUGGGAAUAUUUGGAAUUUGGGUAAGAAAAUAAGUUUUGGAGGAGAACUUGUUGCAGUACAGCUGUCUGCUGCUGGAUGGCAGCAGAGCACUGCACUAACAUCAAAGUUAAAAUGAUAAACUUCUUUCUCUCCCUCUCUUCUCUGUCUUGGCAAAUGAUUAGAGCGCCACUUUGGCAGAUACCCAUCUACAGCUUUUGCUUGUUCCAUUUUCAAUCUUCUUUUUUUCUACAGCUUUAUCUUUUUUUUUUUCUAUAUGUAAGGUUAUUAAGCUUAACAAUGUGUGUGCCAGUAUAGGGAGCACUGGAGAAAAAAAAAAGCUUAGUAGAGAUUUAGUAAAUCACACUCAGAAAAGAAAAAAAGAGCUUGUACUUGUGUCCUCAUAGA